CAUAUACUUAUGUAUUUUUACUUUUGAAAACCUUCAUUUUUAAUCGGCAUCUUCAAAAUUGUUGCAUUUUUGUCUGGAAAUGGAGAGCAUGCAUUACAACGAUGUGAUGGUUAUUAUAGGUUUUGGUAAAAUACAUUUACGACUUUUGGCUACUUGCGGGCUGUUGCUUAUGUUUACAGUAACUGAAACAAUGGGCAUGGCUAUCAUUGCACCAGCAAGUGCAUGCGAAUUCGGCAUUACGGAUAAAACCAAAUCAGUUAUUCAAUCAGCGGCUUUCAUUGGCAUGAUCUUAUCGUCAUACAUAUGGGGUUAUUGCUGCGACAAAAUCGGAAGGCGAGCAGUGCUCUUGCGCAGCACGGCAAUGGCCAUCGUUUGCUCCUUUUCCUCCAUGUUGAUUACGAAUUUUUGGGUAUUUCUAACAUUGCGUUUUAUGACUGGUCUUUGUGUGGCUGGACCUGGAUUUGCGUCGCUCACCUAUCUUGGCGAAUUUUGUACAGCGAAAAACCGUGCUCCUAUCAUUAACUACAUGUGUAUGUUCAACGGUGUCGCCAUGGUUUACUGUCCAGGACUUGGACAGAUGUUGGUACACUGGAAACUAUACAUACCCGUUAUUGGUAAUCUGGCAAUACGUUCAUGGCGUGUUCUUGGACUUUUGUUUUCAGUUCCCGGUUGGAUAAGCUUCUUAUCACUUUUACAAUUGCCAGAGAGUCCGAAAUUUCUACUUAUGGUACAUCGAUUCGAAGAAUGUUGGGAAAUGCUGAAUUGGUUAUGUCAACUUAACAAGGGAAAGGACUUAGAAGCGUUUGGUAUCAAGGGUAUAGCGCCGUUAUUAAAAUCAGAUAUACCCACAGCCCCUAACCUAUUUCGAGCGAUGACCGGGGAAGUGGUACCACUAUUUCAAAAUCCAUACAGGAAGAAAUUUCUCACUAGUUGCGUUGUUAUGUUCGGACUUAUCCUUGUCGCUAACGGUGUAGCAAUUUGGUUCACCGAUAUAAGAAAUCAUUCUCUAGUAAGGGAGGAAAAAAAUAAAUACAACAACGAAAGCGCUGCGCUCACUAUUUGUGAGACAAUCAGCAAUAACAGAAAAGAAGCCGAAGAGCAAAAGGAAUGCCAUGACAGAAUUCUGGCGUUUUGGGACUCAAUUUUAUUGGGAGCUUCCUUUCUUGCUCAGUACCUCAUCUUCGGCCUCAUGCUGUUAUGUUUGCCGCGCAAGCCAGUCUUCUGCACAUCGUUAACUAUUUCUGGACUAAGUGGCUUAUGUUUGUCAUUUAUGAGCCAUCCGCAUUUAACAGUAUGCACUUUUAUAAUCUUCCUUUCAAUACCGGCGGUGAUAAUUAAUUUAAUGAGCAGUGCGGUCCUGGAGUUUAUACCCACCUAUUUAAGAGGUAAAGCUAUGUGCAUUUGUAUGAUGUUCGGACGCUCGGGAGCUGUUGUUGGCAUAACUACUAUGGGAAUGUUGAUUAACAAAUCUUGCUAUGAAGCCUUUAUCAUAUUCUCAUUUUUUCCAUUCAUUUGUGCGAUGUUUGGAUAUUUCCUGCCCUUGGAUGCACAUAUAUUUUAAAAGCUUUUAAAAGAAAUAGCUAUUUAAAAAAAACUAUGUAUUCGAGUUGAGCACAAGAAUUAAACAACCGCCUCAUUGAUUUGAAAAAUUCGAAGGAAGCCCUAACCAGUAUUACAAUAUUUCGAGGUAGUGGAUGUUUUAGUUUUAUUCAAGAGAAAAUUUUAAAAGUGAAACUAAUGCUAACUUUCGGAGUAGUACUACAGAAGUUUUUUUGAACAACUGUGUAUUUUAAACGUAAAAAGUU